AUGAUAUGCCGCUCUUCCUGGUCGUCUGCUCCGACACGGUGGAGAACCACAAGCUCUACCAAUUGGCGCGGGUCGCCGACAUUCCGGUUCCGACCGAAGAUCUUCGCUCCAGGAGAGGCCCAGUGCAGUGCUUUCGCUCCAGGGGAUAAAUCACGUGGCGCGCCACUGCUCUAUGCCGGCGCCCACGCAGGACGUGUGUGCCCUCGUCCGCCCACCGAGAAGCCGACAUGUGCGCUCUGUGGCGGUGCACACGUGGCCAGUUAUCGUGGUUGUGAGGUGUGGAAGCGUGCCAUCGCUCGCCAACUUGGCCAAACACCCGUGCCACAUCCGAAGCAGCCAGCAACGAGGCGGCCCGGCGGCUCUUUCGCGGCGGCAGCAUCAGGGGCGCCCUCCGCCGUCCCGACAGCGUCGGUCGCUCCUGCUCCCGCCGCAUCCGAGGCCGUGCCGACACCUGAGGCCCCUGCGCCUCCACCACAGCCGCUAGUGGCGGGGCCGGGAGCUGCCUCUCCCGGGACAUCGGCCGGACUGCGCCCCUCCAACCGCCGGCGCGGGGGUCACUGCCCCGUGGGUACCCAGCGCUCAGCACCGUCAGUCGAGCAGCCCCAGGUGGACUCUCACAGCGCAGCAGCCGCGCCUCCCCCUUCCAGCGACAGGGCCGCGCCUGCUGCCUCCACCGCUGACCUGGCCGACCUCGUCGCGCAGCUCACUGCACUGGUGACCAAUGCCACGAAGUUGAUCGAAGUCCUGUCGCAGCAACUCACCGCUGCAGUGCUGAUGGCCGCUCCGGCCCCGACCGCUGUCAACCCUCACCAGAUGCACCGUGGGCAGCGUGUGAGACACUUGAUCAUGGGAGGCUACAGUAAGACGUACAACCUCCAUGACCCAAAUCAUGUUGCAGAAAUACAAAAAAUGUUGUUCGAAGAGGAUAAUGAUGAAGUUCAAGAGGAUUUUGAAGAUGAAGUAGACACAGAUUGUGAUGACGCAGUUGAAGUUCGGCAAGAAGAUUCAGAAACAGAGGAAAACGACAGUGAAACCGACGAGGACGUACUUGAAGAAAACCAGCAUCAUUAUACUGGAAGGGACAAAGAGACAAAAUGGAAUAAAGUUCCACCAUCGCAGAGAACUGCUGAAGCCCUUGGUGACACUACAGUAGUUUUGAUGGAACACUGUGAUCUAAUUGUUGAUCCUGCUGCAGUUAAUGUUUCAGAUGCUGUAGUUGAUGCAUCUGAUGUUGAUGACACUUCAAGUUUUUGA